GCAAUUCCUUACCGAUUUCUCCUUGCCCAAAGACGAACAGAGACAUGAUUAAUGCUUCCAGCAACACGAAUAUCUAUGAAGUGUUGCAGCUCCUUCUUGUUCUAUUGCAAGCGAUGACUAGCAAUGCCUUUCGAAGCAAUCCACGGUGCGUCGCUUCAUCCUGUGGUGACAUUCGCAAUAUAAGCUACCCAUUUCGAUUGAAGAGUGAUCCAAAGGGAUGCGGAAACCGGAAGAAUGAGCUGGUUUGUGAAGAUAAUCGUACUGUUUUGUACUUCAGUGAUAGUCGAUUAUAUGUGCAGUCUAUCAAUUAUUCCGCUAACCAAAUUAGAUUGGUUGACGAUGGGCUGCAAAAAGAUAACUGCUCGUCUCUCCCCCGUCAUUCAUGGGUGCCGCAAAACUUUGUGAACGAGUUCGAUCCAAAUAAACCGUACUUCAUCUACAACUAUCUUACAUUGGUCAUUGUGAACUGCUCGAAGCAGGUUAGUUCUCCAUCCUACAUCGCUACCGGUCCAUGCAUUGAGGGGUCGUAUUAUUCCAACGCAUCAUCGAAUUACAACUUGUAUGCUUUGGUCAAUCCAAAAGCAUCGGAUGUUAGGGAUUUUUGCACCAUUAGCAGGAGCACGUGGGUAUCGGAUGAUUUUGGGAUUAAUAUUAGCUCCUACAACUACGAGCUAAUCCAUAACAUCAUGGCCGAUGGAUUUGUUCUCUACUUUAAUCUACGGAAGACAGCUUUCUUUUGCUCAGUUGAUUUCUUAUUCUUCUUCGGAGGUCCGGGUUGCAUAUCCAACUGGGAGUACAAUGGCGGUAAGCAGUGGUUGGCAAUGAAAUUUUACCAGAAUUUUGCAUGA